UCCCUUACUCUCAGUGCCAAUUCUCAUCAACCCCUCGAAGCUAAUAAAAAGUUUCAUCUGAAAAACAAAAAACUCCAUCAAAUUAUUUUAGAUAUGGCUUUAAGAGUUAUAUCUUAUGGGGCACUCCUAUUCUCCGUCAAUUUCCUCUUUUUCACUUUGGUUAACUCUAUCUAUACGCCUGACUACACUAGACAGCCUACAUCAGAAUCAAAAGACUAUAUAUCUGGCUACAAUAGCAAACCAUCAUCAGCAAUACCAGAGUCAAAAGAAUAUGCACCUGACUAUACUAGCAACCCAUCAUCAACAAUUUUUGAGCAGAAAAACUAUACACCUAACUACACUAGCAAACCAUCAACAUCAAAGCCAAUAGACUAUGCAUCUGACUAUAGCCAACCCUCAUCAAAAACACAAGAGCCCAUAAGCUAUACACCUAACUACACUAGGCAUCCGUCAUCAACAACACCUGAGCCAAUAAAAUAUGCACCUGACUAUACAAACAAUCCAUCAUCGGCAACACCAAAGCCAAUGGACUAUGCGCCUGACUACUCAAGUCACUCAUCAUCAACGCCGUCAGAGCCGAUGAACUAUGCACCUGACUACUCUAGCCACUCAUAUGCCGAACCUGCUAAAUGCCCAAGGGAUACCCUUAAAUUAGGUGUAUGUGUCAACUUGUUGAAAAGUUUAUUGGGUGUUACAGUUGGUACUCCGCCACAUACUCCUUGUUGCAGUCUUAUUGGUGACCUUGUUGAUCUAGAAGCUGCCGUUUGUCUUUGCACAACUAUUAAAGCUAGUCUUUUGGAAAUUAAUUUGACUCUUCCAGUUGACCUGAGCUUGUUGCUCAACUAUUGUGGCAAACAGUUGCCAGAAGGAUUUCAAUGCGCGUAACUUUAAUUGUUUUUUUUUAGUGUGUUUAUUGGUUAAUCAUACCACAAGUUCAUUCAGUUUUCAUUUUGUUUCCGGUAAUUGGUUAAAGCAUUUUCUCUAUCCAUUUGGUCAAUUGAAUUGUAUGCCUUUUAAUUUAUAAAUGAAUUUUAUUUUUUAAAUAAAUGUUUUCAUUUUUAAGUUCAA